AUGAGUCUGACCUGCCGCGGCUUCCGUCGCCUAGCACUGCCUGUUCUGUUCGAAACCCUCCAUGUCCACUUCCUUGUAGGCCGCGGCGACACAGGACGUCAGAUGCUACAGGAUCUUCAGGAAGCGGGAGAUGAACUAUUACGAUGUGUUCGUAUCCUCAUCGUAUCAGGUGGGUUUCUGUACAAACCCGACGAGGAUAUCCCGGCGCUUGUCUCGCCAUGGCGCGGCAGAUUCCCACUUCCCUAUAGGGUGUUGCAGGACCUGGAUGCUCGUCAGUUGGUGCCCAGCUUGUACUUCGAAGGCUGGCCGUCCAAGCUGCUCGACGCUCCAGUUAAGCAUGUAUCGCAUUGUAUACGUUCUCUCAGCGUUGCCUCUUCUGACAAGGCAUCGCUGGAUCGAGUGAAGGAUGUACUGGUAUCGCUACCAUGUCUAGAUCGGCUCGACAUGAAAUAUUUCAAUCACUCGAAACGUGAUUCAGCGCCGCUAUUUUCUUUGGGUUCUGCGGACAGCAUACCUUCGCUACGCACUCUCUGCCUGACAAAUUUCACGGUUGACCCCAAGCGAGAAAAUAGAUGGGACCAGUGCCAUCACUUAAGACAUCUAGGCUUAGAUGGCCGGGGUGAAUCACUUGAGCUUCUUACCCUCUUUACAGGAAAGAUCCCCAACGUGACGUCGCUAACACUGCGAAUCCAUGAUGGAACAUCCCCGGAUAUCUCUGAAGAUCUAUGCAGUCGGCUAGACAAUCUCCUGCAGAGUGUCAAUAACUUGGCGGCUUUCACUGCAUACGACUUGUCCAAGGACAUCAUCCCUCUUUUAGUGUCUCGCCAUGGCCCCCAGCUCCGGCGCCUGCAAUUCAGGCAGACUGGUUUUAACAAGCGAGACCAGGACCAGAUCAGAUGCCUGUUCACCUUCAAAGAGCUCCAGAACCUCGCUCGUACGCUUCCGCGGCUGCAACGGCUCGGAAUCGACCUGCGAUUCAAGGGUCAUUUGUCCUACGACGUACUCAGCGGAGCAGCAUGCUUCCCCAGUCUUGAGCACCUAGAGCUCAACUCGAACUUCCCCUUCGGUGAAACAGGAGCGAACAAUCGCAGACCCAUGGUAGAUUCAUGGCUCAAUACAGCUGUCGUCGAACUGGCAUUCCGCUAUGUGGUAGGGGAAAAGCGAUAUUAUGAACGGAUCACUGAUCCAACGACGGUUCCAUGGUCACAUUUCACGGCACUCGAUGUUAAGGGCGUGCUCCUUCCAUUUUCAUGUAUGCCUGUCGGUGGGCCGACUGUUGGCCGCGAAGGAUCAAUACCGUUCGAUUAG